GACGCGCGCUGCCUGGCGCUGCAGGUAGGACUGCGGAAGAGCCAUGCUAACCAUAAGGAAGAGGGGACCUGUUUGAUAGGGAGUGAGAGACCUCUAACCCAGAACCACUCCCAAUCCAAGUGCCUUCAAAGUGUCCUGAAGGAAAUGGAACUCAUCCGGAGCUCCAGGGAUGGGCAAAUUGAAGAAGCAAUCAGGUUCAAUCAAGAGCUGGAAAGAGAGCUGAAGAGUUCUCAGGAAGCUCUGGUCAGUCUGGAAGACUGCAACCGUAACCUGAAGAGGGAACAAGCAGAAAUGAGGAAGAAGGUUGAAGAGGCAAGACACGCCGUCCUGAACAGUCUUGGCAAAGUGAAGGAGCUAGAAGUGAAAGCUAAUGAGGUGCCACAUCUGCUAAUAUACAUUCAGCAGCUGGAAUCAGAACUGCAGCACUAUAGGUCAGAAAUGGAGAGGUUUCAGCUUCCCUCAGGCAGCAGCCUAGAGCAGAAGGAGCCAGCAGCCUUACCCUGCAGACCACCCUACCUGGCUGAGGAGCAGCAGGAUCACCACUUGCCCACCAGUGGAGCUGGGACUGCUGAGAAUGAGGAUCAGCUGUUCCGCUCCGUGGAGGGUCAGGCUGCCUCUGAUGAGGAGGAGGAGAAGUGGGCAGGUGACCAACCACCCCAGCUGGACCACGUGAAGAAAAUACUGGCCAAGCUCCCUUGCUGCGGUAGUGGAUGUGAUGAAGAGAUGUGGAAAAAGCUAAUGUCUUACUUGGAGACCAGCAACUCUGAUGGCUACGAGACUGCCCCUGUGGAGCUCUCAGAGAGAAUCACCCAGCUAACAGAGCGGCUGGAGCUUAAAGGGCAUGAAGUGAAAAAGCUGGGAACAAAUAUGGAAGAGAUGAAAGGCCCAUUGCUAGGUGAACUGCAGCAAAAGGUGGAGGAGACCGAACUGCUGAAGAUGGAGCUGCAGAUGUUGGAGACAGAGAGAGUUAGGCUGUCACUGGUGGAAGAAAAGCUCAUGGAUGUUUUACAGCUUCUUCAACAACUCCGAGACUUGAACAUAUCUAAACGAGCCUUGGGGAAAAUCUUGCUGAGCACUUUGGAAUCCUGCCGUGACCCCCAGCCUGGCAAAGCCCACCUGUUUGAAGUUCUAGAUACUCUGUACCAGGAGCUGACAGCCUGUGAACUCUUGCACAGCCAACCCCUGGAGCAGGCACAGAGCCCCCAGUCCCUGUCCAACCCACUGAUCAUCUCGUGCUGA